AUGUCUGCUGUGACGGUGACGGGAUCAAACGAUAACGCCGGCGGCUCCGGAGCCGGCAACGGCAACACAAGCGUGACCAAGAAACACGGCAACGUGGCGUCGUUCAAGGACGCCAAGACGGUGACCAAGGGCCUGGUGACGAUCGACACGCUCGGAAACGAGUUCAAGGUGCCGGACUACACCAUCAAGACGGUGCUUGACGCGAUCCCUAAGCAGUGCUACAACAGGGACCUAGCGCGGUCGCUGUCGUACGUGGCAAGAGACAUAGCAGUGGCAGUGGCGUUCGGGCUUGUGGCGCAGAAAACCGUUCCGCUGCUGCCCAACGCAUACUUGCGGGCAGCCGGGUGGCUUGCGUACGCGGUGCUACAGUCGCUUCCCUACACGGGGCUGUGGGUGAUGGCGCACGAGUGCGGACACCAGGCGUUCUCGGACUACGGAUGGGUGAACGACACGGUCGGGUGGGUGCUGCACUCGUACCUCAUGGUGCCGUACUUCUCGUGGAAGUACUCGCACGGCAAGCACCACAAGGCCACGGGCCACCUCACGAGAGACAUGGUGUUUGUGCCGCCCACUAGAGAGCAGUUUGCGCACAACAGAAACGUGGUGACGCUGUCGGAGCUCGCGGCCGACGCGCCGCUGGUGACGCUCAAGGAGCUGCUCAUGCAGCAGUUCGGCGGCUGGAUCUGCUACCUGCUCACAAACGUGACGGGCCAGCCCCACCCAGAGGUGGGCAACCGCUGGUACAGCCCGCUGCUCAAGUCGCACUUCAACCCGGCGUCGCCCAUCUUCGAGAAGCGGGACUACUGGUUCAUUGUGCUGUCGGACGUGGGGCUGCUGACACAGCUGUUUGUGCUCUACGAGUGGGUGCGCCACUUCGGCGCCUUUGCCUGCUUCGUCCACUGGUUCCUGCCCUACGUGUUCACCAACCACUGGUUGGUGUUCAUCACCUACUUGCAGCACUCGGACGUCACCCUGCCCCACUACGAGGACCACGAGUGGAACUUUGCCCGGGGCGCCGCCGCCACCAUCGACCGCGAGUUUGGCGUCGUGGGCUCCUUCUUCUUCCACGACAUCAUCGAGACCCACGUGCUCCACCACUACGUGUCCCGCAUCCCCUUCUACAACGCCCGCGUCGGCACCAAGGCCAUCCGCGAGGUCAUGGGCGACCACUACGCCCACAGCGACGAGAACAUGUGGCUCACCCUCUGGAAGUCCGGCCGCUACUGCCAGUUUGUCGAGGGCUCGUCCGGCGUCAAGAUGUUCCGCAACGUCAACGGCCUCGGCGUGCCUCCUGCCAAGGACUGA